UACUACACUCUUUUUCUUUUUUUAAAAAAAAAAAAAAUCAACCAUACGCAUUCAUCAAAUCCAUAUUCAUGCAGCUGUUACAUUAUAUUAUAUCUUUACUCCCUUUUUGAGUGUGUGUGUGUGUGUGUAUAUGUGCUUAAUUAUAUUCCAUCAUCUCCAUCUCAAUCUCAAUCAUUUUUCCACUUUGAUUCUCAUCUAUCUGUAUAUCACAAUUCUAUAUUCAUCUCCCUUUUGAUCAUUAGCUUCAAACCUUAAAUGAAGAAGAUCACCAAAAGUCAUUAUUUGGGUCUCCAUCGUCGUUCUUGAUUUUUUUUCUCUGGCAAUGGGAUCUACAAAUCUUGGUCUCAUCACCAUUCUAUUCUUCUUCUUCUACGUCAUCUCUAAUUUACAAUACAUGGUUCAUUGCAUCAACGACAUUCAAGAUUUGGACGAUCAGAUCCGUUCAUAUGCGGCUCGUGCCAACACAAGAAGACACACAGGUUCGUUGUACGAACUUUCACUUCCGACCAAUCUCUCUGACGUCAAGGCAUCUGUUGUUACGGUCCGUAACAGUAUGUUUUGGAGAAAAGGAGCAAACUAUAGUGGAAUCUACGUUCCUCCUAUGGUCAGAACGAUACCAUACGCUAAGAGGAUAGCUUUUGUCUACGAGACUCUCGGUGGUUACUCUUCAUCGGUUUACUUCCGGUUAUCUAAUAAUUACUCUUUUAUUUCACCGGUUAUUGGAUUCACUGCUUACGACGCAACAAACCCGAAUGAUCUCAAAGAGUUGAAUCUUUCGAUCAAGAGAGACAAUCCAAUAAUGAUCAAAUUUGAUCAUUACAUUACACGUCAUCAAAGCCGAGGAAUAUUCAAAUGUGUCGCUUUGGGAGAUAAUGAGUCGUUGAAUUUCAGCAAUACGACGGGGAAUUACAGUUGUGCCACUACAAUUUCUCGUGGCCAUUACGCGCUUGUGGCUAUAAACCCAAAACACAAACCAACAUCAAAACUAGAGUUGGCAAGGAGAAGGUGGUGGUGGAUUGCUUUAACCAUCAUAGGAGUCUCGGUUUUGCUUGCUCUGGUGACAACCGUUGUGGUGAAGUUAGUGAGGAAAAAGAGGUUUAGAGAGAUGGAAAGAGAGUCUGAGAAGAGUGAGAUGGUCGGAAACGUUUGGAUUGGUCAAAGUAGAAUGCCGGCGGCAACGAUGGUGAGAACUCAGCCGUCUUUGGAAUUUCAUGAAGAUUUUCCUUCUUCAAAUAUACCUUGAAUUUUUUUGUAGUUUGGCUCUGUACAGUGAGUUACAUUUAAAGUUUCCAUUUUAGUAACUUCUUUCCAAGUUUGGUACUUUUUAAAUUUUCUUACUACGUUUUGCUUAUGCAUGAGUGAAACUGUUUGUUCUUAGUCUCCGUUCUGAAUUCCUCUGCAUGACUUUGCGUUUUAAGGAAAAUAAUAAUACGAACA